AUGGAGACGUCUUUUCGACGCGCUAACAUUUCUCGCGAUGAUACAAAAUAUGACCACGUGGUCGGCGCAUUGGACGCGCAAAUUCUCGAACUGGUCAGUGAUUUUCUCCGCAAUCCUCCCGAAACGGACAAAUACGAGUGUCUCAAAAAUAGAAUUAUCGCGGAAUUCGCGGACUCCGAAUCGAAAAAAAUUCGAAAGUUACUUAAUGACGUUGAGCUAGGUGACCGUAAACCAUCUCAGCUUUUGCGCCACAUGCGUGACCUGGCCGGAAGCUCAGUUUCGGAAACAAUUUUAAAAAGCUGGUGGAUUGAAAGAUUGCCUGUUCCACUGCGAGCUUGCUUGAUAAUUGGUGAUGAAGAUUUAGAGAUAUGCGCCAAACGCGCCGAUACGAUCAUGGACUUUGUUGGAUCCACAUCCUUACAAGUCAUGGCAGUGAAAGCUGGUGCCAGUACACCACAUAAAAAUGAACAAUUUGAGGAAAUCCUCAACAAUAUUAAAGCUUUGACACAGGCAGUUACGAAUUUGGCAACCCAGUUGACCACCCCCGGUGAUCAUUCACGGUCACGAUCACGAAGUGGCAACAACCAGAAUGCACGUUCAAGCUCCGGCGACAACGGGACGACAGACGAAGCGGAAGUCAUGAUCUGCAGGAAUUUUCUCAUUGACACCAGCUCCGAUAUCUCAAUUCUACCGCGUAUUUUCGGUAACAAAUCGGCCGGCCCGUCCUCAUAUCGUUUAUUUGCCGCAAACGGCACUCCCAUUAAGACUUUCGGCCAACAUCAGCUUAGCCUGAACAUUGGCCUCAGGCGAAAUUUCACGUGGCCAUUCAUAAUUGCCGAUGUAGAUAAGCCAAUCAUCGGCAUACAUUUUUUAAAUUACUACGGUCUCAUUAUUGAUGUUAAAAAGCGCAAAAUUAUUGACGAAAAACCCCAACUGGUGGUUAAAUGCAAUUCAACUAUGACUCCAUAUGAACGUUUAUCCACCAUCAAUGUCGGGAAUAACAAUAUGGCUGAUCUCAUUAGCGAAUUCAAGGCUCUGACGCUUCCACCGAUUUUUAGCAAUACGGAUUCAGUCCCAACUCAUGACAUUACUCAUCAAAUCAUUACCACGGGUCAGCCCAUAUUUUCGGCAGCACGUCGUCUCAACCCGGAGCGACUUAAAAUUGCCAAAACAGAAUUCGAAGCCAUGCUCAAUGCUGGCAUCUGCAGUCCAAGCAAAAGUGCAUGGGCAAGUCCAUUACACAUGGUUCCCAAAAAAGAUGGGCGCUGGCGAUUCUGUGGUGACUAUCGGCGUCUCAAUUCCAUUACAGUACCAGAUCGCUAUCCCUUGCCUCAUAUCCAUGACUUUACACAAAAGUUCAUGAACAAGCUGUUCAUGAAUUUGGAUUUCGUUUUCGUCUAUAUAGACGAUAUUUGCGUGGCUUCGGUUAACGAAACCGAACACCGCCAGCAUCUUCGCAUAGUUUUCGAGGGAUUGAGCGCUUACAAUUUGAAGAUUAAUCUCGCCAAAUGCACCCUCGGCCAGCUCGAAAUAUUUUUUCUCGGCCACACGAUUACGGCAGAUGGCCUCGCGCCUCCUAAGGCCAAAACCGAGCCCAUUCGUCAGUUCAAAAAGCCGACAGUAGCUCAUGAGUUGCGCCGAUUCUUGGCACUCCUCAAUUAUUAUCGUCGUUUUUUGGCUAAUGCUGCUUUCACGCAGGGUAAACUACAAUCUCUCAUUGUCGGAAAUACAAAAAGAGACAGAACGCCAUUCAUCUGGACUGAAGAGGCGUCCCAGGCGUUUGAACAAUGCAAGUCUGAUCUGGCUAAGGCCACACUGCUGGCACAACCUUUGCCGAAUGCCCAACUGAUUUUAAAUGUUGAUGCCAGCAAUUAUUCGAAAUACAGUACCUACGAUCGUGAAUUAUUGGCAAUCUACUUGGCUGUCAAGCAUAAUAAAUACAUGAUCGAGGGUCGUGAAUGCAUCAUUCUCACCGACCACAAGCCCAUUACGUUUGCUUUCAAGCAAAAACCGGAAAAGGCUUCGCCCAGACAGUUAAGGCAUCUUGACUUGAUUGGCCAAUAUUGCGCAGACAUCCGAUUGCCUGUUACACCUCGAGCUUGCUUGAUAAUUGGUGAUGAAGAUUUAGAGAAAUGCGCCAAACGCGCCGAUACGAUCAUGGACUUUGUUGGAUCCACAUCCUCACAAGUCAUGGCAGUGAAAGCUGGUGCCAGUACACCACAUAAAAAUGAACAAUUUGAGGAAAUCCUCAACAAUAUUAAAGCUUUGACACAAGCAGUUACGAAUUUGGCAACCCAGUUGACCACCCCCGGUGAUCAUUCACGGUCAUGA